UACACCAAUUGGAUGAAUAGAGAGAGGCCCGUCGAAGAUCGUCUAUCGAGCUUUGUAGAAAAAAAUUUCUGAACUUCAGAGGUGCCGAAUUUUUUCAUUUUGAAAAAUUAAAUUGAGAUCGCUGAUAUCUAGUGUAAGUUCGCAUAGUAAACGCUACCGUUAUGUAGUGCAGAUACUAGAUGAAUCUUUUGCCAAUGAUCAUUGCAGAAAAACCAACGUUUCUUGGUCCAGACAGACGCUACUCGUACGUACGUUUCUGUGCUCCUUAACUCAAAUGAAGUGUUCAUCAAUGCAUCAUCGAGUGAAUCUAUAGAAUCAGUGUUAUUUCAGAAAUCACCUCGCAGUAAUUAGAGCACCAACCUUCAACAAUGGAGGAACUAGAGAUGCUGGAGAAAUUGAUCACCGAAUUUUACGAUUGUCCAAUCAGUAAAGAACGACGUGACGAAAUCGGAAUGAGGUUGAUACAAUUUGAGAAAAGAACGGACUCUUGGAAGGACUGUUUGUGUUAUAUCGAACGUUGUAGUAACGCAGUAGUGUGUUCAUUCUUCUUGAGAGUAAUGGAGACAACAGUUACGCGAAACUGGAGUAGGUUAUGCGACAGUGACAAAUUGCAAAUCCAAAAUUCCUUAUCAGAUUUCUUAUUCAAGAACUACUCCGUCGUUCCAGCUGCUCUGAGUAAAAAGAUCAUGAAAUUGACGACGAUAAUUGCUAGAAACGAAUGGCCAACGGCGAGUGCUACUUUCAUUCCGAAUAUCAUCAACAUGAUAAUUUCUAAUGAUUCUAGUACCGUUUCACUCGGUCUUUCGUAUUUAUUAAUAGCCUGCGAAGAAUUACUGUUUCCUAGAGAAGAGCUGAGUACUGAUCGUAAACUAAUGAUUCGUCGUAGUUUCGAAACUCUCAUUCCACAGUUGUUUACAUUGUUGAAUGCUACAUUCCAAAAAUUCAGGUGCUCCGAGGUAGAAGAGAAAAUAUACGUUUGCUUGCUUCAAAUUUAUUUACAGUUGUUUUCGUGGACGCCUUUAUCUAACGUUUAUACUACCGAAGUAUUGCUACCUAUUUUCGAAUGCUCGAUUAGUGCGAAUCCCAACGUUAACACAUUGGCAUUAUCUUCACUGAAUGAAAUUCUGUACAAGAAUUGCGUACCUGUGGAAAGCGUUCCUAUAAUUCUUCACAUAUCUGUGAAACUGAAUGAAAUCCUAACGCAGAUUACUCACUCGACAAACAAUACUUUUUCCGAGGAAUAUACCAGUAAAAUUUUAGAAAUGGUCAAUUUGAUAUUUUCAUCGCACUGGCAUCGAAUAGAGUCCAGUAUGGAUCCACCGCAAAUAAUGUCACUGCUGUCGUCGUUUUUCAAAUUGACUUUCGGCCAGCGAAUCAAUUUAGAAAACUAUUAUACUUGUUUAGAGAUAUGGUGCAAUUUCUUGGAGUAUUUAGCGAUGCGAAAUGUCGACCAUGUUAAACAAUACGAAGAGUUAUUAGUGAGUCUGUUGCAAGAAAUCAUCAAGAAACUGCAAACCAAAGUUGACGACGAGGAUGAAGACGAAGAGGAUAUAUUCGAGUGCACCGAAGUUUUGCAGAAUUUAUUCCUGAAUAAUCAUGCCAAUGUGAUAGAUUCAUUAGCGGAAUUAAUUCCACAGAAAACAUUUGCUUUUGUUUUCGAUUUAUGGAGUUCAUCUAGCGUAAUGUACUCGGAGAUGCUUUCGUUCGAGACAUGUGCUACGACCAAUGCUGCGAUGAACACUGAAGAAAUAGUCGUCGUGUUGCGAACCUUUGAAAGAGCUAUUCAAGUACUAACUUCGUUGCAUUCGAAGCUCGAUGAUAAAACCAACGCGUUAAUCGUCAACAGUUUAACUCAAGUUGUCAAUUUAGCCAAUACGAAAUGUGCUCACACUCGUCCCGAGUACUACAUAAUUUCUCCAGAUCUGUUACGAGUGCAUUGCGAAUUAUUAAUGGCGUUACCAGUUUGGUUAUGUAGUGCGCUUGAAAAAGAUGAGGAAGCGAUCGUAAGUGUAUUCAACACGACGUUACCAAUCGUCGAAAAUGCCGGUGCCGGUCCUGCGUCGAAUGACGUAGCUGCCACUACCAAAUUACAAAUAACUGCAGCUCGUCUCGUGUCUCGAAUAAUAGUUUGCAUUAAGAAUGGAAAUAUUCUGAGGCCUUUGUUCGCCGAUGCUUCAUUUAAAGGUCUACCUAGAGAAGCUCAGAGGUUGCUACAGUGUGCACUUUGUUGUUGGAUAUGUCACUGUAAAAGCGAAUCGUUCGACGAAAGAUUGAAAUUCGUGCGAAAUUUAUUCGAAAUUGUUACCAGCAAGAAUAUAGAAAAUUUUAACGAGAUUACUUUGAUUCUGAAAGAAUGUAGAGUUACUCAAUCUGAAGGAAGAGAAUUACUUUUCAUGGCGUUAGAGCCGUGGUUAGAGUGUGUCGUGGCCGAAUAUCCGACUCGAUUCGCCAGAGGCAACUACCAGCUCUGUAACAUGUUGAUGACAUUCGUAUUAGAAGCAUUCCGCGCCCUUCUCGACCAAAUGAAACCAAAUUUAAUUGAAAAAAUCAUCAUGAUGUUCCAAUAUUGCACCGUCAAAAUACCGUUGGAUAUAAAAUUCAUGGAACGAAGCGGCAUCGACAAGAUGAUAUCAAUUUUAGUGCUAUUGAUUGAAAAUCCUGCUUACGAAGAUUACACAUCCAGCAUAAUUUCUAUCUGUUGUAACGUUUCGUUGUCGACUAUCGAAAUGUCGGAUGUUGCCGUAGAGGCUAACAAACUGUUGUAUAAUAUUUUGCUCAACAAAUGGCAGUAUUUUUACAAACGAAGUCAUCUAAACGCGAAUAACGAAUGCGAACUGCGCCAUAAGGAAGAAUUCGAUAAGAUAUUGGAAAUUGUCCUGAAAUCGUUGAAGAAAAAUUCCGAUAUAACGAAUUACCAGAGUAAUCUACGAUUUCUGGAACAAAUAAAUAUGAAGUGGAAUCUGUUUGAUAAAGAAGCAUUUCGCAAUAAUUUUUUACCGCAGUUUUUGGAUACGUUGAUUUUUACGUUGAUCGACGGUAUGCUAAAUUUAACCGAUGAAAUAUUAACCGCAAUAUAUCAUAUGGCUGCUGUGAAUUUCGAAGUAUUUUACGGAGCUUAUCUUCCGAAUUUUUUGCUUCGUAUCGAGCAUUUAACGCCUCAACAGAAAGCUGUGUUACAAAACAACAUCAAUCGACAAACGGAUAUGCCAUCGUUUGUACAAACUGUCGCCCAGCUUACUAACGAUAUCAGAUCAUUUCAACGAGAAAAUGGCCAUGGAUGGUGGAUCAGUUACGCGAUUGGUGCUCGAGAUUGAUGUAUCAUUAAACACGCGGUACACUAUCUAGUGAGCGCUCACAUUCCACGAAAAGAUAAUUCCUCAAAUGUCGCUGGCCGGAUUUUUCGAUGAGCGUUUCUCGUUAACUAUCACGAUCACGAGAGUAAUUUUCGUCAUUUCAAUGUCUGCUGCCGAAGCUGAGUUUAACUGACUACGCAGCGAUCAUUCUAAGUCAUCCGAAGAGACUGAAGAAUAUCCGACUUACACAGUAUAUUAUAAGCUGUGUAUCAAACACACAGUCGCGCGUUUCGAAAACGAAACAGUGUUUCAUUUCAAGUACAGAAGGUAUUUAACUACUCGUUUUAAGAAGUACUACUUUUUUCGAUCUUAUUUUUAUUUAUAUUUUUUAUUCAAGUUUUCGUUAUCAUUCCGUUUUAUACGUUUUGUUUAUUUUUGUUCAAUCAUUUUUACACAAAGUAAACUAUUAUUGCAACGAA